CUGGCGGUAAUCUAGGCGCUGCGCUAAUUUGAUAGCCCAAACGCGUGGACUUGGUUUCUGUAGUGAUCUUGUUCCAAUUUCAAAAGGAAUUGCAUUCUUCAAAUUCAAUGCAAACAGUGAAAAGAGAAAGCAAAAUCACAGUGAUUUCUGGUUUCGAAUCCAAAAUCUUCACCAACGAAGGUCAGAAAUGGUGCAUUCUUGUGUUGUAAUUUACCGCACGCAGCCGCCCAGUUCCAAUAGCCCUACUCCGUUGACUAAGUUCUUCGAUUUUCCCCAAUCUAAAGCUCACCCAAAUAAAUGCGGCUUAUUACUGUUUUCAGAAACCCCAGGUUUUGCAGUUAUGGGUAAUCGAUGACUGAGGCGAUGGACCCAGUUCGAAAAUGAACGCGUUUCUCUUCUUAAGAUCAAGGGUUCUUGUGGGUCUCUGUUUAAGUCGGUCAAUCUUUGUGUUAUUUUAAUCCCCAAUGCGAAUGUGCCCCCACUAAGCUGUCUGUCUACCUUGAAGGGAAGACUUCUUCUUCCUGCCUGCCUUCUUUCGUUUCCAUUUCUCAUAUAUAGUUGGCUCUAUUCUGUGCGAUCAACUUCAUUUUGGUGCUGUUUGAGUCAGACCCACCUUCUAUAUAUCUUUGUUUGCUUGCAUUUGGGUUUGUGUUUGGUAGCUGAGAAAUGUUGCUGGUUUGUUACCUGUGUUUGAGUUUCUUGUGGAGCAAAUCGUUGGCGGCUCCUGCCGGCGGCGAUGGCACCACGAGGGAGCUUGACCAGACUCCGACAUGGGCUGUUGCCGGUGUUUGUGCUGUUAUCAUCAUUAUUUCUAUCACCUUGGAGAAACUCCUUCAUAAAGCUGGAACGUGGCUUACAGAUAAGCAUAAGAGAGCUCUUUAUGAAGCUCUGGAGAAGGUUAAAGCUGAGCUGAUGAUUCUGGGCUUCAUUUCACUGCUCCUCACCUUUGGCCAGAGCUACAUCAUUAAAAUCUGCAUUCCCACAGGGGUUGCAAACACUAUGUUACCGUGUGCAGCAGCUAAGGAUGACAAAAUGGAAAAGGACGCUGGCGGAGCCGAUGAAGGCGAGCAUCAUCGACGACUUCUAUGGUAUGAACGGAGGUACCUGGCUGCUGUUGGCCCUGUUAGUUGCAAGGAUGAUCAUGUGCCGCUUAUAUCUAUCUCGGGAUUGCAUCAGCUGCACUUGUUUAUCUUCUUCUUAGCUGUAUUUCAUGUAGUAUACAGCGCCAUCACAAUGAUGCUUGGGAGACUAAAGAUUCGAGGUUGGAAGGCAUGGGAGGAGGAGACCUCAACUCACAAUUAUGAGUUCUCAAAUGAUAAUGCACGAUUCAGGCUUACUCACGAAACAUCAUUUGUGAGAGCCCACACGAGCUUUUGGGCAAAACUUCCUGUCUUUUUUUAUAUUGGAUGCUUCUUCCGACAAUUUUUCAGGUCCGUUGGUAAGGCUGACUACUUGGCAUUACGCAAUGGAUUCAUCGCCGUUCAUCUAGCUCCGGGAAGUAAGUUUGACUUCCAAAAAUAUAUUAAAAGGUCCUUAGAAGAUGACUACAAGAUUAUUGUGGGAGUGAGUCCCGUGCUUUGGGCAUCGUUCGUCGUCUUCUUACUUAUAAACGUUUAUGGAUGGCAGGCAUUGUUUUGGACAUCCUUAAUCCCUGUGAUUAUAAUCCUGGCUGUUGGAACAAAGCUUCAGGGAGUUAUGACAAACAUGGCUCUUGAAAUUACAGAAAGACAUGCUGUUGUCCAAGGAAUUCCUCUUGUUCAGGCAUCAGAUAAAUAUUUUUGGUUUGGCAAGCCUCAGCUGGUUCUUUAUCUCAUCCACUUCGCUUUAUUUUCGAAUGCAUUCCAAAUAACGUAUUUCUUCUGGAUUUGGUAUUCGUUCGGGCUAAAAUCCUGCUUCCAUACUGAUUUCAAGCUCGCAAUUAUAAAAAUCGGUCUCGGGGUUGGUGUUCUUUGUCUUUGCAGCUACAUUACUCUUCCACUAUAUGCUCUUGUGACUCAGAUGGGCACACGUAUGAAGAAGUCAAUCUUUGAUGAACAAACAUCAAAGGCACUCAAAAAGUGGCGCAUGGCUGUUAAGAAGAAGCAAGGAAAGUCCCCAACUCGAAAACUCGGUAGCCCGAGCGCUUCGCCGAUGCAUUCAUCAUCAGGAUACACAUUGCAUCGUUUCAAGACCACAGGUCACUCAAACGGAUCAUCCAUGUACGACGAGAACGAGGCAUCGGAUUACGAAGUAGAUCCGGUGUCGCCUAAAGCACCGGCUGCAAAUAUUACAGUUAGAGUAGAUGCUCGUGAUGAACAUGAGAAGGAAAUAAUGGAAUCCCAGCAUUCAGAAAGAAGGAAUGAAGAUGAUUUCUCAUUUGCCAAACCUGCACCCACCAAAGGCUCUGCUUAACUUUUUGAUUUCUCACACGUGGAAGGCAAUGUAGCACAUAAUUUGUAUAUUCUUGCGGUUGUUAAUAAAUUGUUGGAUGAUUGUUGCCCAAAAUUUUAAUUUGAAUAUGAUGAAUGAGUAUCUC